AUGAGGCUGAAAUCAUCGAGGUUAGGUUACCUAUUACUUCAAUUUAUGACUCUGUGUUUUUACACUCAGAUGACGAUGCAGUCCGUCUCUGUACCAAAUUUUAAGCACCAUGUAACGGAGCAGAGUCGCCUGUCGGACAGGAUGAGCCGGCGAUUAACAAGGACUUAUCAGCUCUAUAGCCGGACGAGUGGUAAACAUGUACAAGUCUUGGGCAAUAAGAGGGUCAACGCCAAUGGCGAGGAUGGAGAUAUUCAUGCUAAACUUGUUGUGGAAACCGACACGUUUGGAAGCCGGGUUCGAAUCAGAGGAGCGAAAACAGGAUACUACAUUUGCAUGAACAAGAGAGGCACGCUUACUGGACGGGUGAGUUUAAGUAAUUAAACAUCUGGUGUGUUUAUGUUGAAUUAUUCUGCAAAAUGAUAUUGUUGAAAUCAUACUUUGAGAAAUAUAGACAACUAAAUUGGUUCGAAUGGCACUAAUGAUAUCACAGGUAAACC